AUGAUUUCGUGGCGCAUGGUCCCUGUGCUGACCCUCAUCUUCCUUGCCAUGGCAACCGUGCUGUCUCUUCUCCUGCUGCUGCUUCCUGGGACCCAGGGCGGCUUCGAGACCCCCGACCGCGCCGCGCUCAGCCGUACCCUCUUUGGCAGCCCCUGCGACUGCAAGGGCGGUAUGCUCUCCGUGCGCCCCGCGUCGUAUACACGUUCGGUUGAUUGCACCACAAAAAUGGCCUACCUUGCCUACCGCCACACCAUUACAGGGACCUCCAAGCAAUCGUGGGAAUGUGUAACCAAGCCCCGGGUAAUCCCUGCAAUUGGCGACCAGCCUGGGCUCUGCCCCUCCGGCUGCGUCUACCUCCAGGCCCUACACUCCACCUGUUACGAUUCUGUCCAACGGUGCACGGGCCCGCAGGAUCAGCCCUUGCCCACUGCCAUACAGCAAAGGGACUAUGCUGGCACCUUCGGAGGUGAGUGGGGGUCUGACCCCCAUUCCAGCAAAUAUGCUCAGGCCCCCUGCGACAGGAACAAUGUCGGAAAGACCGUUUGUUGGCCCCUCCAGGCCCCUAUCCACCUCUCUGAUGGGGGUGGCCCUACGGAUCAGGUCAGAGAAUCCCGGGUAAGUGCUCGUGUGGAGGAGAUAAUUAAAAGUCUUUAUCCCUCCUUGCACUAUCACACCCUCGCCUUGCCAAAACCCCGGGGUACGGACCUCGAUGUCCACACCUCGGAGAUCCUAGCGGCCACGCUCCGGGCCCUUAACCAUACCAACCCAGACCUGGCUGCUAGCUGCUGGCUAUGCAUGACCCUCGGCACACCCAUGCCCCUGGCCCUUGUGUCCGAGAACGCCUCCCUCUCGGAGAAUUGCACGCUCAGUCCGCCUUUUAGGGUGCAGCCCGUUAGCCUCGACUCCCUCCCUCCCCCCUGUACCCAAGCCCCUUUUCAAAAUUCCAGUUUUGACAUCGAUGUUGGGCGCGCCCCCUUUGUCAACUGCUCGGUGACUGUCAACCUCUCCUCCUCGGCUAUGCGCUGCCCCAGACCGGGCCAGGUUUUCGUGUGCGGGGGUAAUCAGGCCUUCACCGCGCUACCCCAAAAUUGGACAGGCCUGUGUGUUCAGGCAUCGCUUCUGCCGGACAUUGACAUUAUUUCGGGUACUGAGCCCGUCCCCCUGCCCAGCUUGGAUUACAUAGCUGGUAGAUCCAAGAGGGCUGUCGUACUCAUCCCCUUGCUCGUCGGCCUCGGAGUUACAGGGGCUUUGGCCACUGGCUCCGCCGGGUUGGGGGUGGCCCUAGACUCAUAUCGAAAGCUGUCCACCCAAUUAAUCAGUGAUGUGCAGACCCUCUCUGAGACUAUUCACGAUCUCCAAGACCAAAUCGACUCCCUUGCGGAGGUCGUCCUGCAAAACCGGAGAGGGUUGGAUCUGCUCACAGCAGAACAGGGGGGGAUCUGCCUAGCCCUGCAAGAAAAAUGCUGCUUCUACGCCAAUAAGUCCGGCAUAGUUCGGGACAAGAUCAGGAAAUUGCAGGAAGACCUGGUCAAGCGUCGUCGCGAGCUCUUUGAGAAUCCCCUUUGGAGUGGCUUGCGUGGCGUCCUUCCUUAUCUCCUUCCUCUCCUUGGGCCCCUGUUCGGUUUCCUCCUCCUUCUUUCCUUUGGGCCUUGGGCUUUUAACAAACUAACCUCUUUCGUUAAGUCUCAGAUCGAGUCCUCUCUCAGGACGCCUGUCGGUGUCCACUACCACCGCCUCGAUUCACAGGAUGACCCUGUGGAUUCUCUCGAAGACGGCUUUCGACUCUCUACUCUCGCGCAGCCUGAUUCUCGGUGCGCUAGGAUGUGGCGCUCCUUUCAGGAGAAAUGCCACCUGACAGCUGUGAGACGGCCGAUGACGGGAAUAUUGAGGCCCCAUGGCAGACCCCAGGCGCGGCUGCAGUCGCACCCCAUGACGGGAAUAGAGCGGGGCCGCCAGGGCCAGGCUGCUGCGGGACCUCCCCGCUUAGCCUAAGACAGGGGCGCUGCCUAUACGCUGCAGUCGCACCCCAUGACGGGAAUAGAGCGGGGCCGCCAGAGCCUGGUCCUCGCGGAGCCACCCCGCUUAGCCUAAGACAGGGGCGCUGCCCGCAGCCACUCUGCCCAUGGAAAUCAGCCUCAUAGCCUAAGCCAGGCUUUCUCUAUAUACUCUGAGAGGGGGAGAUGUUGGGGACCACCUGUCAUGUAAGGCCCCUGGCCUACCCCUGCAAAGGCACCGCACCCCGCCUGCCAGUUCCAGGAAGGGCCUAACCACGAGAUGUCCUCAUCAGCAGAUGUUCCAACGGCGAUAAGCUCCGGAAAGCCCCUGAAGCAAACUUCCUGAUUGCCGCACCUCCCCCCACGCUCUAUAUAUACAUGUAGUGUGCAAAAAUAAAGUUGACUCUU